AUGGCAGAGGUAGUCCAAGUCUUCCAACUACAGCACCCACUGCUGGGCUGCAUCAACGGUACUGAUGGUGAUGUCGUGGCAUUCCGUGGUAUCCAAUAUGCCACUCUGGAAAAUAGACUGGCAGAAGCGGUCAUCAAAGAUAGCUAUCCCAAAACAAUUGAUGCGACAAAAUACGGCCCAAUAUCGCCGAAUCCUCCAGGCUCAUUCCAACUCGAAAUGAAACUCAUGCAGCAGACCCAGCCUGAUCCAGACUACUUGACAAGCUCUGACAUAGAAGCGUUGAAUCUCAACAUCUGGAUUCCCAAGGGCCGAGAGGGACAGCUUCUACAAAACUUGCCUGUGUACGUCUUCAUCCAUGGCGGUGGUUUCAUCAGUGGUUCUGGGAAUAGCCCACACUAUGAUCUCACGCGGCUUGUUAAACUCUCGGCGGCAAAGGGAACACCGAUUAUUGGUGUCACAGUCAACUACAGGUUGGGCUUACUUGGCCUGCUUACUUCUCAAGAGCUGCGAGAUGCUGAUUUUAAGGCAAAUAACCAGCUACGGGAUCAGCGGGCCGCUUUUCAAUGGCUUAAGAAAUACAUAGAGGGCUUUGGAGGUGACCCAGAGAAUAUAACUGCCUCCGGCGAAAGCACUGGUGGAGUUUGCACCGGCCUGCAUUUACUUUCGCAGGAGUCAUUGUUCAAUAGAGCCUACUUGACAGGCGGGUCGCCUCUUCUGAUGCAAGUAGCUGGGCUGGAGGAACAUGAGAAUCAUUACCGGCAGGUUAUUGAAGCUUUGGGAUUGGCUGCUGCAACCCCCGAAGAACGAAUAUUUGCCCUGCUUGGGACACCAUAUGACGAGCUGUUUACCAGAGUACCUAUGAACAUUGCCUACCGCCCAAUGCUUGAUGGAGACGUGGUCCCAUUUGCGAUGAACCAUGGCAAUGUACAAGACAAGGAAUCCAAGAUUCCGGGUCGACGGUGGUUAAACGGCCUGGUUAUUGGUGAUUGCCAAUUCGAUGCAUCUAGUCUGGCGAUUCUUGCAGGGUUCAAGAAAAGCAAUAUUGCGAAGAAAUUCCCUGAUAUCAUGAGGGCUAGGCUCGGCGACAGCGCCACCACAGAGCGCCUGCUUGCAGCCUAUGAUGCCGACGCUUCCAACGACGACGAGACUGUCUUCACAGGCUUUUUGCGGUUCUCAACCGAUAUUGGAUACUACGCAGCGACCUGUUCCUUCGCGCAGGGCUGGGCUCCCAUAACGCACACAUUCGCAUUCAACGAGCCAAAUCCCUGGUCGGGCAUGUUCCAAGGACAUGCGACCCAUGUAUUCGACAUAGCUAUGCUAUUCCAGAACUUCCAGACAGACCUACCAGCGGCCCAGGUCGAAGCCGGGAGGCAGAUGGCCGCUGACCUCUUUCUUUUUGUCCAUGGAAGGCCACCCUGGGUCACAGCUGGUAAAGGCACUAUGGUGUACGGACCAAGCGUAGUUGGACCUGUGCGCAAUGUGGUUUCCGGUAGACUGCCUGAGGAGGCUGGUCGUCGACGUGCUAUCAUUGAUGCUAGUGAUGCGAUUACCGUAGACGAGAUUGCGGCUGCUCAUGCGGCGUUUAUGGCUAGUGCAUAG